AUGCAGAGUAAUCGAAUGGACCAUUCGUAUCUGUCACAUGUAGUGUUGAACAAAAUGGUAGUCAGCCAGUUGAAACAAGUCAUAGAUGCCAUAGGAGUCAGUAAAACAGGUUUAAAGGCUGCUCUUCAGGAUCGCAUACUGCAAUAUGCACAGAUGAAUGACGAUCAUUUCCUACAGUGCAUGAAUGCUGUUAUAAAGGCAAUAGGCCCUGUCGAGCUUCCUUCCAAAAGAACCAUAUCCUCUGACCGAGUACCAAAGUCGUCACCACAUGGUCCUUCUAAUCCACCACUACAGCCAGGCGUAAGAUUCCGUCUAUCGUUCAAUGACCAAGGUUUGGCUGGGUCAUCGACAUCUUCAGAUCUUGCUACAUCAAAAUCUUAUCCAGGAUCCAGAACCAUGAUGCAGUGUGCUAUGAGUACUCACAACUCUACUUUAUCGUCUGGGUCUGCAUUGCAAGCUUCCAACACAUUGAAUAACAAAUUUACCGAAUUCGAUCCAUCUCCUUUUUUCAAUAUAAAGAAAGCUCUUGGACCAACACUGUACACGUCAGAAUCACUAUGCCCAAUGACCAUGUAUUUUACUUUGGAUCCGGAAACCAAACAGCUAUUGGACCCCAAAUCCAAAGUAUCACAUAGCGUACUGCUGUUUAUGGGCUUGCCAUCACUCCAUAGACCUGCUAAACUGCAGUAUCCUGAAAGCACUUCCAUCACAUGCAAUCAAAACCAUAUCACAGCAUGCCAUGCAACAGUACAACUGGUUGAAAAUAUACCUAUACCCAAACUUGUCCAAAAUCUCUUUUUGCAUAAACUAAUGAGCAAAGAAGAUGUCAUGGCACAACAACGUCAAGUCGAUGCUGAAGACGAUGUCCAAACCACAUUAGAGCAAGUAUCUCUCAAGGAUCCACUGUCAAAAUGUCGAAUUGUUUUACCCAUACGGGGUACAAGUUGCUUACACAUUCAGUGUUUUGAUUGCGAGACAUUUUUAAGUGUAAACCAGCAACUUCCUACUUGGGAAUGUCCAAUCUGCUAUCGUGCUGCACCGCACUCGUCAUUAUUUGUGGAUGCGUAUUUCCUAGAUAUUCUUAAGGAGGCUGGAGAUGUAGAUACAGUUGAAGUAACACCGGACGGAAAAUGGCGAGUGGCCAAUACCGCUGAUUCAUCUACUCCUGCCAAAAAUCAAAAUAUGCAUACUUCAUCAACAACACCCAACAACACAGAAAUGCUUAUAAUUGACGAUGAUACUGUUGGGAAUAUUGUAACUAAUAUAAACGCUUCUUUGAAUUCGGCUACAUCGCUUCAAUCUACACCCAAGAAAGCAUCCAAUUCAGAUGUGAUUGAUUUGACGUUAAGUGACUCGGAUAAUGAUACUACUACUAUCGUCAAAACCACAUGCACACCUGCUCUUUCCCCUACGCCUGCUACAGUAUCAUCCUUUUCACCUGUAACCACUGCUACAACAGCAAAAUCCCUGCCAACUUUCGAUGUUAUUUUGCCUUCAUUUUUAAAAGAUACAUUAUUACCAGUAAACCUUCCACUAUCUAUCAUACAAUCACCUUUAGAGAUGGUCAGGCAACCCCAUGCAAUCGAGUCAAGUUCUUCGCAUUCGUCAAAUGCAGAAUCAUCACAACAUAUGGACUCUUUGUCAAGACAACAACAUCCCUAUAAACGACGGUCUUUGGGGAGAAAUAUUGAAUUAGUCUACAGUGAUCCGUCUCUGGAAUCACCUACCGGAUUAUUGUAUACACCUGAUCAUUUGUAUCAAUCACCAACAGGAGGAAAUCAUCCCAAAGCAGCAUCCGAACCUAGACCCAACUCACACAGAUCAUUAUCCUUCCGUAACUCCACCCAUAAACCUGGACAAGCUCGACAGAGAGUCUAUCGUCCACGAUCACCAUUACCAUUACCGCUACAAGAAAUAGAAAUGUAUCCUCAGUAUUGGAAGUCCAACGAUCGAUUGCCGCCACCACCUGAUGAAACCAUACAGCUAAUGACUCGGCAUGAGUUGCCUACAACCAUGGAUGGGAUGAACACCACUCUGACUGCUCUACUUUCUAACCAGCACGGAGCUGAUAAUGGGGGUGAGCAUUUGAAUAGCCUACCUACACAUUCCCAUUGCGAUCGUGGCGACUACAGGUCUAGUGAUGGCAAAUACACUCGCACAUAUACUACUCAUAACGGCACGGCCCCACAUGAACCCACAUAUAGGAUGGAUGAUUCAUUAUCACGAUCUAAAUCUCGGCUUGAACAGUAUGUAUCACGAUUUCAAUAA